UUUGUUUUGUGCCCUGCGCUGCGUCUAGCUUCGUUGUUAAGUAAAUUUAAUAUAGUAAUGCGGUUGGUCCCGUUCCCUGUGCCACGUUGGAGUCCUGGUUUUAUAAGUGUGGUAUUGGUUUUAUCGGCCUUAAAAUAUUGUAAGAUUCCAGAGGGAGCAUUUUUUGCAGCAAUUUUUGUAAUAAUCUCUAGUUGGGAUUUGCUGGUGGUCUUUAUGACUGAUCAAAAAUUUAGGACUGAUCUUUACGACUGA